UGACAUAUGUCAUGUAGCCUCACUUAGAAUUUACGUCUUUGAACUGUGGGCGCGCAUGUUAAUUAUCUUUUAUCAAAACUAACUAACUUGUGCCGCACUACUUCUCAUUGCUAUCCAUGGGUUAUUUUUUCAUUGGGGGGGGGGGUGAAAAUAUUGCGUUUGUAUGCAUUGGAAUAUAAAACCCCCAUCCUCCCGCUGCAGUAGGCCAUUCGUAAAUGGUUUAAAGAUCUGAACAAAAGCUUCAGUGGCUGUAGAAAGCGGGCAAAAUAACUUAUGUAGAGCUUAUGUAAUUCCCUUAAUGUCUAUCUCAGACUGCGCCGCGCUUUGUGAACAGAAGUUUGCGGUUCGCAGCGCCCCCUAUCGGGGUUAAUAGGGUAUGUCCCUGAGAAAGAACUUGGAUUGGAGGGUUGCUAAGAGACGGCUUCAGGGCCCUGUUUGCACUGUCGGAGUCGUAAGUGAGAUCUGACGGAAGCAGCUAUCAGUUUGUUAUUUAUUGCCCCCUGAGGCGAUUUUAUUAACAUCAUUCUGUUUAAAGCCCCCCAAACGGAAACGAGACGAAAAUAUCCCGGAUGAGAGAAGAUCAGAGCCGCGGUUCGCCUGCUGUAAAGCUCCCGUUCUGUGGGUGACUGUCGCACACUGUGACGUUCCGAGCUGAGAUGUCUUUUUGCCUGACUGAGCUGUACCUGUGGUCUUUAAAGAACACUUUGCACGUUGGAGAUGAAGAUGUUGGUGUGCAUCAGUAUCAUGAAAAGAAGGAAGCAGCCCUGCACCCUGACUAUGGAUUCCUGGAGGAAAAACAGCAGUUCAUGGAAUCACGGGGCUUCCCUUGGAUAUUGAAGAACAAGCGCCCAGAAAAGCUCCGGGACAGUCUCACAGAGCUAGAGGAGUUGAUGCAGAGCAGUAAGUGCGUGCUGAGCAAAUGGAAGAACAAAUAUGUCUGUCAGCUCCUGUUUGGUUCAGGUGUGCUCGUGUCCAUAAGCCUUUCAGGGCCACAGCUGGAGAAAGUGGUGAUUGACAGGAGCCUAGUGGGGAAGCUCAUUUCCAACCCCAUCAGUGAUGCUGUAUUUACCGACACUUUCAUCAUCUUGUCAUUUCUCAAAGAAAACAAACUUUGUCUCAUUCAGUUUGCAAAGAAGAUAAAUUCUCCCGAUAUAAACCGACAACUUGAAAAACUUUCACUCUUGGAUUUAAAGAUUUCGUACAUUGAUAUUCCUGGACCAAAAGGAAGACACCUUGUCCGCCAUCUUGCAAUAAAUAGCAUGCAGGAUCUUGCACUAUGUUGGUGGCCUGUGCCAGUCGAUGAUGUUAGACCAUGGUCUCCAGUCUCAAGUGAAAAGGACAGAGCCAACUUAGUCCUGUUAAGCAAUUAUUCUUGCAAACUUGAGGUUUUAAGCUAUAUACGGACUGAAGGAGAUCUGCUUAAUGCAUGCUUUAGUAUUAAUCAACCUUAUCAAAUAUAUACAGUGGAGCACUCCUUAAACUCAAACAAAGAACCUAUGGCUGACAGUUCCAUCUAUGAAUGUGUUAGAAACAAGAUCCAGUGUGUCUCCGUCACCAGAGUUCCUUUACGGUCCGGAGUGAUAAGCUGUGCUGUGAAUCCUUCUGAAGACAAACUAGUUCUUGGAUGUGAAGAUUCUUCAUUAAUUCUGUACGAGUCAGAUUGCAAAAUGACUCUCCUAGCCCAAUCAGACGUGCUGCCUGAUUUAUUAAGAUGGCACCCAAAUGGCACCAUAUUUGUGGUUGCCAGCAGCCAAGGAGAAUUGCAGAUCUAUGAUAUGGCACUUUCACCAAUUAGAGCCCAGAUUCUUGCAGAAGAAAUUGAACCCAAUUCAACCAUACAAAUCAGUAAACAAUUUAAUGUGUCCAGCAGGCUUCUCGAGAUGCACUGGGCUGCUCCUCAGACCUUGUUACAAAACAUGGAUAUGACAGAUAUCUAUAAUCUUCUUUAUUUAAGGUUCGAUUGCGGUCCUGUUGGAGUUUUACAGUUUAAGUUAGGUGCUGUUUCUAAAGGGCAACUUGGCCCAGUGGAGAUAAUUUCUCAGUACAUCCGCCAUGACGAAGUAGAUGAGGCUGUUGGCUUGUUGAGCAGUAUGAAUUGGAAUACUAUGGGGCAUCACUGUUACACAUCAAUGACUGCUAUUGUGAAUCAUCUUCUAAGGCAAAGGCUUACACCAGACAGAGAAGCUCAGCUAGAAGCAAGCCUUGGAACUUUCUAUUCCCCAACAAGACCUCUUCUGGAUGCCAUAGUACUGGAAUACAGAGAUCCAAUAAGUCGAUAUGCAAGGAGGUUCUUCCACCAUUUGCUAAGGUACCAAAGGUUUGAAAAGGCUUUCCUGCUUGCAGUUGAUAUUGGUGCGCGUGACCUAUUUAUGGACAUCCAUUACCUUGCACUAGAUAAGGGUGAAUUGGCACUGGCAAAAGUCGCAAGGAAAAAGGCUGAGGAAAUAGAUGCAGAAUCAAUAAACUCGGGAGAGGAGCCUUUCCUCCCGACAGACACUUUGGCAGCUGUGAAUGAAGCAUUUGUUGACCUUUCACUGGUACCCCAGGCAGAAGAUCCAAUUCCAGAGACUUUUCCCUCCACAGGCCUAGGAACUCGUAAUUCAGCGCAGAGGAGCACAAACAGACAAUUAGUUCACAUAGAGAACAAAAUUGGAAUUGAAGUCUAUGCUGAAUCUCUGGAUAAAUCACCACCUUGGAAUCAGGGAUGUUCUGAAGAAGAUUUUGCUGAAGAGAAUUCUGAAAGAAGCAGUUCCUUGAAAGUGGUACAUUUCGGCUUAGUGUAACUCGGUGCAAUACUUGAAAUGGCAAGCUGAUGAUCCAUAACUUGGAAUUCAGAGGAGAGCAUUUGGAACAAGAGAGGCUGGCAUUUGCCAUUGUCCAUAUAAUGGCAGGCUUGAUUCUAUUCGGACACAUGCUACAUUAUGGAUUUCGUUUGGAGUUCAUAAAUGUUUAGUUAUUUUUCUUAAGAAAAUGUAUGAGAAAAUAUGAUUUUAUAAGCAUAUAAUUAAUAUUUUUAGGUUUAACUGUCCCUUUAGACUAAUCAAUACGGAUGUUUGUAAGUGAAUGCUGGGGAAGGCUAGGAUCUGCUGUAGAUAUUACAUGAUCCCUCCAGACACAUGGAUUCUGGGUGUAAGGAAGAAUGGAUGGGAAAAUAACCGUGUAGGGCUUUGAACAUGGCAUGUCUGUGUGUGCCAGGCUCACUCAGUAUUUUAAGGAUUCCAGCACUGCUGGGUUUUGCAAGCUCAGCAUCUCCAAAUGGCAGUUUGCAGUAGUCCGUAAAAUAGUGAUUGGUGCCAAAAAAAACUAAAAAUACACAUUACACCUUAAAACAAGUUCUUAGCCAAACAUAUAAAUCCAUUAGACAUUGGGCACUCAUGGUAGGAAGAGAAUAAGAAUUGAAACCAUGUGUCCAUGCAUUUAUUAUGCUGCGUAUGAACAUUGCAGUAUGGUGUUGGUGCUAUUAUGGAUUGUGGUGGUUUAAUGUGGACCAGUAUUUGAUAUCUCAACACUAUUGCCAUUCAAGUUCAUCUAUGGCAACAAUAUAUCCAUCUGUAAUGUGAGGAAAGCAUAGUUAAUUAUGUGUGCUGUUCUUACUAUUUGCUGUAUAUAUGUUAUUGCUGCAUAAUUCCCUGCAGUGUAUGCCAAGGAUAUUUUUAAUACAAGGGUGCCAGGUAAGUAAGCGUAAUUCUAAUUUUCUAAUACGUUGUGUUGAGGCUGCACACGUUGCAAGCCUAAUGCAAUAUAUUUCCUUAAUAGUUCUGGCACCCUUCCCACGCUUGGACCUUGAUAUUAUACUCUGCAUAUUGCACUGCAAAAUGAAAAUGCUGAUGUAACAAAAAUAUUCAUUAGCAUUUCACUGUGUUACAAAUAAAGUCCCCAGAAGAAAGAUAAGAUAUUUUGCAUUUCCUGCAAAUUAUAUCUCUGUUCUAGCAAGCCACCCUUGUAAUGCAGAUUUGACUUCCACUUAAGUCAGUCAAAGGCGUUCUAUUGAGAUACUAGAUGAUAACAUCUUCCUUUAGAAUACCUCCAUGAAAGAGCCUGCUUUCACAGGCAGAAGCGUUUUGCUAAGAAAGCUCUCAAUUUUCAUAAUCUUGAACUAUAAUCUUGCUCAAAUAACCAUUAUUUUUCUUUUAAGAAACAUAUAAAGUGCGUUUAUCCACCAUUCCAAUUUGAUCUUAUUAUGGGGACCCAACAGAAAUUAUGCAUUAGCAUUAGCCUUUUCUGCCUGUGUCUGUAGCGCCAGAAAGACUUCAUAAAAUUUCCCAAUUGGAACAGUUUCCUUUAUGUUGUUGUAUAUUUCUCAAUUCUGUGUAAUAUUUAAUGGAGAAUCUAAAUCUCAUUGUAAGAAAUACAUUCUGUGCUCUGUACCUCUUCCAGGCUGGUACUUAGUAAUGAAAGCAAUGAAAGAACAUUGUGAAAAUGCAAGCCUCUUUAUAUUCAUUAUAUGACACUCUCUUGUAUGUCAAUGAAAUCAGAGACCAACUCCUGAUUUAAUUAUUUAUACCUCCUACAAUACACUGUCCAGCAACACAAUAAAAAGAGGAUAGUCUAACCAUU